AUGUUAAUGAAAUUGUUCAUGGACAAAGGUGUUCAAACUAAAGUAUCUCCAAAUGAACUCAUACUCAUAUCAUAUAAGCAAAACGAUCACAUAGAGAAAUUACCAGUUACCUUAUUAAAUGCCACAUCUCCUGACUUGACAAAUAUGGUAGAUUAUCAUUUUUAUACAUAUGAACAAAUCAUAAAAAUAUUUAAUACACCAACAGCCACGACAAGUCGUAUACAAGGUAACGCUGAAUUACUUCUCCUUAUGAAGAACAAUAAUGUUAGUUUUUUUUUCAAAAUCCGUUUUUUUCUUCCUGAAAGAAAUGAUCAUUUUUACGCCAACUUCCUUGAUAUUUUCAAUAAACGUAUACCAGUGUCCUUUGUUUGCAAUGAAAUGGCUGCAAAUUUCUCAUUUAUUCAUUUAUUGUCCCUGCACGGCUAUUCAAAAUCGAUAGAAACAUGCGUCAAAUAUUUUGGAAGGGGUAUUUUGACUUGUUUAAAUAUUGAUCACUUCACUCCGUUAUAUCUUUCUCUUAUUUUUGACAGGAAAAACAAAACCGUUAAUACUAUUUUGGAAAACAGUGACAACAAACAACUCGUAUUUCCUAGGAAAAACGCAGAAAAGCAUUUUGUGUAUAAUCUAGCAACAAAAUUCUAUUUUUCAAAAGGAGAAAACCGUAGAUCUCUGUGUUUUUUACAAUUUUUGAAAAGACCACUUAAGAGCCCAUAUAAGACGAUUCAACAAUACAAGUGUUUCAAAUCAUAUGAAAAUUCCAGUGUUAAAACGAGCAUAUUUAAACCAUUUGUGAAUGACCUUAAAUUUACAAUUCAUCAUCUUUCAUUUGAAAAACUUCGCCAAUCGUUUCUAGAAAAAAAUAAGAGUUUGAACUUAUUUUGGGGUACUACUUACGCAGAUGCUCUUCUCUUAAUUAAAGAUGGGAAAAUAACUUAUCAAAGCUAUUCUCAAAUGUUGAAACAAAAACGUUUUAUAUGCAUUCAGUAUAUAAGUAUAUUAAAACUAUCGGCAAAGAAAAGACAUAUAACCGUUAUUUCAGAUGAAGUUUUGGACGUUGAAGGGAAAACUCUUGUUAUUACAAAGCUUGAAAAGCAUUUCCUGAAAAAAAUAGUUUCCAAACGGUUCGAAGACCUUUGUAAAAAUAACUUGGACGAUUUUGCAUCAGUCGUGUUUGACGAAAAAGGUUUUUCGAAAAUGAGGUAUGAGACUAUGAGUUUGUAUAAUCAGUUUUAUAUUUCUGCGAAAAAGUAUUUUCAAAAACUAUUUCUAGGUAGGAUAUUCAUGCAAUCACCUUACUUAAAUUUAUUUUUAGUACAAAAGUUCAAAACAAUAGUCCGUAAUGACAACGACUUUAAGAUGUUUUCCGAUAAUGUAGUAUACAAACACAAGUACAUGGAUGCAAUAAAAGUGCUUCCACUUGUACAGUUUUCAUUUCGACAUAAUUUAACAGUUCAGUGGGAAUAUUUAAAGACGUUAUCGCCUAACUUAGACUAUAUAAUUUCGUCUAUGUCAAGCGAACAAAAACGCAAUGUUUAUAAAAAAUUAUGAUUGCUCAUGAAGGCGAUAAUUAAUUGUUUAGUCUCUAAGGAAGAUUGAUUACCAUAGAAACUUGUCUUAAAACAUUCAUGACGCACAUUGGUUUCCUAAGAGUCUUAAUGUAUUUAAUACAAACAGUGAUUGUAGUAUUACACAAUAACUUGUAUAGUAAUAUGCAAAUGUAAUUAAGGCUAUGUAAUUUUAAAUCCAUGACUUGUAUAGUAUAGACAAUCACUGUUUGGUUUGAAUAAACACCAUUUGUAGUAAGAAUGUAUAUGCAAAUGGGUUAACCAAGAACUUAUUUGAUUGUCUGUUUUCUGUUGCUAUCGUGAUUUAUUGUUAAAAUGCUAUUAUGGGUUGGCAUGUUUUUUAAUUCAUGGUCAUUAUCAAUGUCAGGUUGUACAUUGACUGUUUUUACUUUAUAAUGUUCAUGGUGUUGAAAUUAUAUGAAUUUAUAUGUUAGUGUUACUUUAUUCUUCAUUGUAUUCAAAUUAAUGUUGACUCCGAUGCGACUUGUAUUUUUAAUUUUGGAAGUAUUGAUACUAUUGGGAGAAGUGUGAGGUUAUUCGCAUAUAAUCAAGUUACUCCAAGAACUCUCCAGUAAACUCUUGUUCCGGUGAACACUUGUUUCACUGUCCGUCCUUGGGCGGUUAUAUCAUCAUAAAUUGAUAUUGCUAUUUUGAUGCGUGUGUGGACUGUUUAUGGUGUUUGUACGUUUGUGUCUCUCGUUUAAUGUCGA